CUCAGAGGAGCAGCAGGGAGUGCGGGGAGUGCUGGUACCGGGACACUGCGGGCUGGGAAGCGGGAUCUGCCUACAAACAGCCUGGGAUCGGGAUCUACAGUCCAACAGCCGGAGUCUGGGACCAGGGAUCUACUUCUCUGCCUGCGUUUUGGGAUCAGGACCCUCCUACAAUCAGCAGCUUGCGAUCCGGACUUACCUGCGUCACACAGCGACCCCCAGAACCUAAGACAAAAUGGCGACCAGCGGCUGCAUGAAAGUCACCAAGUACUUCCUGUUCCUGUUCAACCUCCUGUUCUUUAUUCUGGGCGCUGUGAUCCUAGGAUUUGGAAUAUGGAUACUGGUGGACAAAACCAGCUUUAUAGCGGUCCUGCAGACCUCCUCUUCGUAUCUCAGAACCGGCUCCUACAUACUGAUCGCCGUGGGGGGUUUCACGAUGGUGAUGGGAUUCCUGGGCUGCUUGGGGGCAGUGAAUGAGAUCCGUUGCCUGUUGGGGCUGUAUUUUUCCUUCCUGCUGAUUAUCCUGAUUGCCCAAGUUGCAGCCGGAAUUCUGAUUUACUUACAGAGAGAUACGCUCAAGACUGAGAUGUCCUCCAUAAUCCAUGAACUGAUUGUCACUUAUGACUAUGAGGAUGGAAAGAACACAAGCGCCGAGACCACCUGGGAUUAUAUCCAGACAAAUCUCCGUUGCUGCGGUUGGACUAACUAUCAGAACUGGACUGCCAACACUGUGGUCCAGAACUCCACCAAUCAGUAUCCUUGCUCUUGUAUGAAGAACCAGAGUUCUCCCAACGGCUUCUGCCAAUACAAUGGUACCGUGGAGUCCGCUGUGUAUCAAACGGGCUGCAUGCAGGGAGUGGAGAGCUGGCUACAGGAUAACCUUGGCAUCAUUCUGGGCGUCUGCGUGGGAGUAGCAGUCAUUGAGCUCCUGGGUCUCAUUCUUUCCAUGUGCCUGUGCCGCAGCAUUCAAAGCGAAGACUACACCAAAGUCCCCAAAUACUGAGAAUAAGCUGUACCCCUGUAACCCUCAGCAUCCCCUUGGAAGGGAUUCGCCAGGUGGUCCCCCAAAAAAGCCACCAUGUAUAUAUAGAUGCCCCCUCCACAAGGACUUAAUAGACACAUAUUGGGGUUUUUUUCUGUUUUUUUGUACCCCUGUACUAGGUAUUUUUGAUCCGUUGCACCAAGUGUCUUAAAACCCCGCCCCCCCCAGCUAGGAUAAAGGCAAAGUAGAAAGUAGUAUUUUUGUUUUGGGGCACAAGGGGGAACAAUGUAUAAAUAUAUAUAAAUAUGUGAUAUAGGGGGGAGGACCAGACCCUUACUGAAUAGAUACUUUUAUUUCUGUAAAAAAAAGAACAAAAAAAAAUAUUUAGUUGUGUCUGUAAAUAAAUUGGUUGCCCUUAGUAACGUUAAUUUGCUGCUGGUGUAGGCUGGGCUAUCAGUAUGCAGAGAAUACCCCCCCGGGUGGGCAAACUCUUGUACAGACAGGGGCAGGAUCAAGUGGAAUUCCUGUAUACUCGUCAGAGGUUCGUUUAAAGGCAAAGUAAUGGAGCGAUAUUGAUAAAUGUGAUAUUUUAUAACAUUCACGGAUUUAGGGUUUUGUUUUUUUUAUAGCUUGAUAGAAUUUAAUCAUUGAAGUACAUUUUCUUUGUUCUUAUUGGUUGUAAUAUUUACUUCCUGUUUGUGGACUGAACCCUGCCCAUUGAGGGGGGGAGGGAUUUGUUGGCACGAUGAUGGUGUUUAUUUUUAGAGAAGAGUAGGGGGCAGAAAAGCCUCCGGAAACAUGGAAACUGCUUUCCCCAAAGUCAUAGGGAAGUCCUGCUAAAUAAGACAAUGGACCCUUAUGGGAUAAGACACAUGAGAGACUCCGAACUCCUUUGGAUUCGUCUUGUUUGCCACAUUCCCAUGAUACCUGGAAGAAUCAUACUUUAUGGAGGUGUGAGCAUAAGGGGUUAAGCGUUUGAGAUCUGGGGGUCACUUGGAUUCAAUUGCCAAUGGCAAGCGUCCCGGCACGGCACCAGACAGAAACUGCCAUUUUAUUGUGCCCCCUUAUGUCUAAAUAAUUCCACAGUGGGGGACCCCCAAUUGCAUAAGCAGAACUGAUGUUUUAUGUAACGCGUGUAAUUUCAUAAUUAAAGGGUUCAGCAUUG